AUGAUUUUAAAAAAAAGCAGUUUAAGCACAAAAACAACAAAGUAGGGACAACCUAUAAUCGUUUGUUAUGAUAGUAAGGAAAAAUUGCCUAUAGAAUUAAAAUAAGUAUAAUAUACUGUUUAUAUCUAACCUGGUUUAGCAAUAGAGUAUAUAUGUUAAAUCUAUUCAACUGAAUAAAACAAAGAUCAAUGUGAAUUAGAAUACUUGUUUACAAUAGAUUAAAAUUCAGCUGAUACUAAGAUGAUAGUUGAACUUGGAGAUUAAAAAGUUUAUGGAAUUAAAAGAAUUAAAAGAGGCAAAAAAUGA